AUGGGUGUCUCCAAGACUGUCAUCAAGGAGGGCAACGGCCCCGUGCCGACCGUCGGCCAGAACGUCACCAUCGAGUACACUGGCUGGCUGAAGGACGAGUCCAAGCCCGACAAGAAGGGAUCACAGUUUGACUCCUCAGUCGGACGCGGCGACUUUGUCGUCCCGAUUGGCACAGGCAAGGUCAUCAAGGGCUGGGACGAGGGCGUCACGCAGAUGAAGCUCGGCGAAAAGGCGACUCUCGACAUCACCGCCGACUAUGGCUAUGGCGCUCGAGGCUUCCCUGGAGCUAUCCCGCCCAACUCGAGCUUGAUCUUCGACGUCGAGCUGAAGAAGAUUGGUUGA